AUGGCAGGCCGAACGUUGCGGAUAGGUCUCAUCCCCGGCGACGGGAUUGGACGCGAAGUCAUUCCGGCAGGGAAACGCAUCCUCGAGUCACUCCCCGCGUCGCUGGGUUUGAAGUUCUCCUUCGUCGACCUCGAUGCCGGCUUCGAGUGCUUCCAGCGCACUGGCACCGCUCUGCCAGACAAGACGGUCGAGACGCUGCAGAAAGAAUGUGACGGCGCCUUGUUCGGGGCUGUGAGCUCCCCUACCACCAAAGUCCAGGGCUACACGUCCCCGAUCGUGGCUCUGCGCAAGAAACUGUCCCUGUACGCCAAUGUCCGCCCUUGCAAAACUACCCUGUCCCCAGCCUUCCAGUCGCCCGUCCCGCACCCCAUCGACAUGGUCAUCGUGCGCGAAAACACCGAGGAUCUGUACGUGAAGGAAGAGAAGACCUACAGCGACGGUGAGGGCGGCGAGAUCGCCGAGGCCAUCAAGCGGAUAUCGAGCAAAGCGAGCUGGCGCAUCGCCAACAUUGCGGGCGAGAUCGCACUGCGACGACAGCGGAUGCGGGAGCAGCAGCAGCAGGAGGGGCCCUCGGCGGAGAAAAAGCAGGGCAUGGUGACCAUCACGCACAAAUCCAACGUGCUCUCCCAGACGGACGGCCUCUUCCGAUCCACCGCGCGAGAGUGCCUCUCGCAACCACAGUUCUCGUCUCUGAAGAUCGAGGAGCAGAUCGUCGACAGCAUGGUGUACAAGCUGUUCCUGCAGCCGCAGUACUACGACGUGAUCGUUGCGCCCAACCUGUACGGCGACCUGCUGAGCGACGGCGCCGCCGCUCUGGUCGGGUCGCUGGGCCUGGUGCCCAGCGCCAACGUCGGCGAGGGCAUCAUCAUCGGCGAGCCUUGCCACGGCUCCGCCCCGGACAUCGAGGGCAAGGGUAUCGCCAACCCCAUCGCAACCAUCCGCAGCGUCGGCGUCAUGCUGGAGUUCUUGGACCUGCCCGACGCCGCCCAGGCCGUGUACAACGCCGUGGACGCCUCCUUGGGAGAGGGCAAGUUUGUUUCGCCUGAUCUGGGCGGCAAGGCAACCACGCAAGAGGUGGUCGAUGACAUUGUCAAGAGACUCUAG